AACGAAAAAAUUCCAGCCAGGGAAACCAAAACUAUGAUGGCGUUUGAAGGCUAUCUACUCUUAGGCCUUCUGGUGCUUCUUGGCUCAUUGACUAGCAGUACCGGCGCCCAUGAAACUGUUUCACUCAACCGGAGCAGUUUCCCGGCAGGUUUCAUUUUUGGGACGGCAUCAUCGUCUUACCAGUAUGAAGGUGGUGCAAAAGAAGGUGGUAGAGGACCAAGCAUCUGGGACACCUACACCCAUAAAUAUCCAGGUAGGAUAACGGAUGGAAGCAACGGAGAUGUAGCCAUUGAUCAAUAUCAUCGCUACAAGGAAGAUGUGGGAAUUAUGAAAGAGAUGGGUUUAGAUGCAUACAGAUUCUCAAUCUCAUGGUCUCGAUUGCUACCAAAAGGAAAACUAAGUGGGGGUGUUAACAGGGAAGGAAUAAAAUAUUACAAUGACCUCAUCAAUGAGCUAGUAGCAAAAGGUGUACAGCCCUUUGUGACACUUUUCCACUGGGAUCUUCCCCAAGCCUUGGAAGAGAAGUACGGUGGUUUCUUAAGUCUUCACAUUGUGGAUGAUUUUCGGGACUACGCAGAGCUUUGCUAUAAGGAAUUUGGCGAUCGUGUGAAGUAUUGGAUCACUCUAAAUGAGCCAUGGAGCUACAGCUUUGGUGGUUAUGGAAGUGGGGUAUUAGCGCCGGCUCGAUGUUCCAAUUGGCAACAUCUCAAUUGCAUCGCUGGAGAUUCCGGGACGGAGCCAUAUCUAGUGUCACACCACCAGCUUCUUUCUCAUGCAGCUGCUGUUCAAGUUUACAGGCAAAAAUAUCAGGCAGCACAAAAAGGCGUUGUAGGGAUAACGUUGGUAUCGCACUGGAUGGUGCCACUCUCUGACGCGAGGCACCACCACAAUGCGGCGCUAAGAGCCCUUGAUUUCAUGCUUGGAUGGUUUAUGGAGCCCUUGACCAAUGGUGAGUAUCCACAUAGCAUGCGAUCUCUUGUUCGAAACCGAUUACCCAAGUUCAGCAAAGAAGAAUCGAAGCUGGUAAAAGGGUCAUUUGACUUCAUCGGAUUAAACUACUAUACUGCUAGAUACGCAGCCUAUGCACCUGGCCUUAAUGCUGGAAAUGCAAGCUGCUUGACUGAUUCGCGUGCCAAUCUUUCAACUCAGCGCAAUGAAAUCCCCAUCGGUCAACAGGCUGCUUCAUAUUGGCUCUAUGUCUAUCCGAGAGGAAUUCGAGAACUUCUGCUAUACACAAAGAUGAAGUACCGUAAUCCACUAAUUUAUAUCACAGAGAAUGGAAUUGAUGAGUUUAAUGAUGCCUCCCUGCCGCUUGAGGAAUGCCUUGCAGACAGCAAUAGAAUUGAUUAUUACUAUCAUCAUCUUCGAUAUCUUAAUAGUGCUAUCAAGGAUGGUGUUAACGUUAAGGGCUACUUUGCAUGGUCAUUGUUGGACAACUUUGAAUGGUAUUUAGGUUACACGGUUCGUUUUGGGUUCAACUACGUAGACUACAAGGAUGGGUUGAAAAGGCAUCCAAAACUUUCUGCCCAUUGGUUCAAGAAUUUCCUCAAGAAUUAAUAGACAUGCAACAAUCCUCAUGUUUAAACAAUCGAUCUACUAAUAUUGGAUCGUGUCCAAAACAUGCAUCAACACAAUAAACUUAUGAUGAUCAUUUGAUGAAAUGUUUUAUAUGACACUACAUUAAUUAACUUAUUGUGAAAUCUUACACUGA